AUGGCUUCUGAGGUUAUCGCAAGUGCGCCCGCCGUUGAUGUCAAGCGUAUGUCUGACUGGCAACCCGUGUCCAUAGCAACUACGGUGGAAAAUGAUGCUCGGAUCGAGACGAAGCCCGUUGAUAGCUCCACCGGGAAGGACGCUCAAUCGACAGAUAAACAAGCAGGCUCGGCCAAGGAAGCAGUCGUAGUAGAUGCGAACCCUGAGUCUAAGCCCAAUGACGCACAUAACCAUGCGCAGAACGAAACCGGAGGCUCCCAGCCUGGGGAAAAGCGAGCUUUGGACGAAGACCAGGCAACUUCCAUUUCAAAUGAAGUCGGCGUCAAGAAACAAAAGACCGAAGACAACAAGACGGCCUUGCCCGCAGACAACGCGGGACCAAGCACUAAUGGCCAGAAGAAGAGAGCUGGCAGACCGAAGAAGAAGGCUCAGAAAGCUGAAAAGAAGACUCCAGCCAGACUAACUGAGGGCAUUGGAAGCCGUACCCGCAGUCGAGCCAAGCAGGCAGAUUAA